AACCUUUUUUUUGUAAUAAUGAAAUUAAUCAUGAAUUCUUCACCUGACGCUAUUAACAUGUUGCAAACCGUCAAAUUAUUGCAUAAUCAUAAUUUGGUUUGCAUGAUAAUACUAUUGAAUCUGAAGAAAAAGCAUGCAUCAAACAGAGAUAGAGGAUAACAACGGUAGCUCACACCUACACAGCUAUUCCAUGAUAGUACUCCCUAGCUGCUAAUAGACGAGAGAGAGAGAGAGAGAGAGAGAGAGAGAGAGAGAGAGAGAGAGAGAGAGAGAGAGAGAGAGAGAGAGAGAGAGAGAGAGAGAGAGCGAAAGAGUGCAUGCCUGGUACACGAGGACUGCUCCCAACCCCACGGCGGAUGAUAGCUCACACCUCCCGCAUGACGCGAGAUUACCGACCUAACACCGAAAGCGACCGCGAACCGGAUUAUGCGAUUCCCAACCCUCACGGCGGAUAGCUCACACCACCCUCUUAUGACGCGAUACCGACGCGAACCGAAGCCUCACCAUUAGCCGCUGCUGCAGAAGCAACGUUGCCCGGCUCACGCGACUUGGACGCUAGUGAGACACAUGAAGUAGAAGUAUCCUGUCCGGAAGAUACUCUUACUUCCGUGAGCCAAAAAAAAAAAUCAGAAAGAUUCUUCUGCUUCGACGAAUAAUAGCGAAAAGUGUAGCAUCUGAUCCCUAUCAAUUGUUAGCAAGAAAUAAGAGUUAGCUAAAGGAAAUAAAAAGUGAAUACCGGAAAGGAAAACGAUCAGCGCAAUUGUUUUAGUGUCCCAGACGAAAUUAUUAGUUACAUGGAAUUUUAGGCUAAUUAUCUCGCAAAUGAUGAAGAAAAAACUAAAAAUAGAAGCAUAGAAAAAGUAAAAGAGCAUUUGGUUCUGAGAGAAGAAAAAUAGAAGGCCCUCACCAUCAGCCGUUGCAUGUACGAUGUAUAUUUUAUAUAUACAUGCGCGCGUACGCGCAACGUUGCCCAGCUCUCACGAUCGUGGACGUUGGUGAAUAGGCGCAUGGAAAAUGCGCUUGCAUAGAGCGCUAUAGCAUGUCUAUGCAAUAUGCAAGCGCAGCCUCCUUGAGAGCUAUACGAUGAGGCCGGCCUAGCUCGCGCCCUAACUGCAAGACCGUUUCGGCAGACAAUAGCAGCGAGUGCAAUGUGGCGCCCGAAGGACGCUGCUGGUGGCAUCGUAGUCUGGUGAUUAUCGGGAUCGACCCACCUCUUAAUCAAGAGGUGUUACUCUAACGGCCCUACACCAGAGCAGAGUACCGCGUGCGGAGCCGGCUCCGACCAGCCUUACGCUGCAUUCCCCGCCGAACCCCGAUUUUUUACAAUUAAACAACUAAUUACAUCUACCUGGCUACGUCGGGUCGAAGGUCGGGCGUGUGCUGUGCCCUCGCGAUAGCCUAACACCCUCUUCCCUCGCACAGGUGGGGUGUCGUGAGAUGGUGACACCGGAAAAUUGGUCAAGUUGGGAUCGAUCACCGAGCCCGCCUGCUUUUGCAAGAACAAGUAUUGACUGCAAAAUUUAUCUGUUCUUGCAGAAGCAAGCGAGCCCGAGAACCAAGUCCCGAAUGCCCACCUGCACUGAGUGCUUUCCCUAACUAGUUCGAGACUCCAGACACUCAAGAGUGAAUGUCGAGUCCCUUGCAUACAAACGGUCGAGCAAAUGCACAAGACAUUUGCUCGACUAUUUGUAUACUUAAUAAUAUGUACUCCCAGAGGGAGGUACUUACCCAUGUUUCCGCGAUGUACUGGUCCUGGUCCGCCGCCGCCGCCGAUGUCCACCUGGUACUGGUCCUUGAUGAUGAUGAUGAUGAUGAUGUUGAUGGUCCGCUGCUGUUGCUUGUCACUGCACUACACUUCAAUUAACUUCACACGGGGAUAUAAGUGGGAUGCAAUAGGAAUUAGAGGUAUAUUUUAAGUCGCCUCGUCUCGACUCAGGGAAAGGUACGGGAAUUGUAAAAGGGGUUUAACUUGUAACGCGCUGCCCCAUACUCAGCGCGGUGUGCAACUACGGCACACAGACGUGAAGAACUUUAAUUUAUAUGGCGCAGGUACUCGCUCUGCGCUGCAAACGGAUGCACUAACUCCAGAGAAGUUUAAUUUAUAUAGCGCAGCUCCUUGCUCUGCGCUGCAAACAUCCCCACGAAACCCCGUAGAACUUUAAUUUAUAUAGCGCAGGUUCUCGCUCUGCGCUUCAAACACAUCCAGAGAAGUUUAAUUUAUAUAGCGCAUUUCCUCAGCAUUAUAAAGGAAGGCAUUCCGUGCUUUUACAGUUAUAUCGUGGUGCGAGCGGUUUUGCCGUGAUGACCAGCCGUUUUUCCGUGGUAACAAGCGAUUUUACCGUGGUGACCUGCGGUUUGCCGUGGUGACCUGCGGUUUGCCGUGGUAACCAGCGAUUUUACCGUGGUGACCUGCGGUUUGCCGUGGUGACCUGCGAUUUUACCGUGGUGACCUGCGGUUUGCCGUGGUGACCUGCGGUUUUGCCGUGGUGACCUGCGGUUUACCGUGGUGACCAGUGGUUUUGCCGUGGUUUGCCGUGGUGACCUGCGGUUUACCGUGAUGACCAGUAGUUUUGCCGUGGUGACCUGCGAUUUGCCGUGUUAACCAGCGAUUUUACCGUGAUGACCUGCGGUUUGCCGUGGUGACCUGCGAUUUUACCGUGGUGACCUGCGGUUUGCCGUGGUGACCUGCGGUUUUGCCGUGGUGACCUGCGGUUUACCGUGCUAACCAGUGGUUUUGCCGUGGUUUGCCGUGGUGACCUGCGGUUUGCCGUGGUGACCUGCGAUUUUACCGUGGUGACCUGCGGUUUUGCCGUGGUGACCUGCGGUUUGCCGUGGUGACCAACGAUUCUGCUAUAAAUACGGCCGCGCUCAACGCUACCGAUCAUUCGUUCGCCGACCGCCACAUGAACAUCAUAGGAGUAACAAGUCAGCAGUCCACGUCACUCCAGGCUUCAGGAUAUCCAGGGUCGCUCGAGACCGUCUACCGCUCAUAGGGACUUUGGCUUCCUGGUCACCAGGGUGUUAGGAUCUACAAGGUCAUCCGGUCUCAAGGCUCUACAAGGCCAUCCGGUCUCAAGGCUCUACAAGGCUACAUCCGGUCUCAAGGCUUCCAGGGUCAUCCACAUCCACGGAAACAGUAAUUUGAAGGUAGCUCAUCGUUGUCUACGCUCUCGCGAUGAAAUCAACAGCAAAUCGUCCUAAACGACGAUCACAACGGCGAAAUAGAAAAAUACGGCGUCUUUUUGAUCGUCUUAAGGAGAAUCCUCGGUCGAGCGACGAUUCUCAGAUUGUGCAGGUGCGAAGAAACAGUAAAUUCGUAGUUCCCCAGCCCACAUCUGCUUUACCAUCCCCGGCCGACUUGGGAUUAGUUCUUUCAGGCGAAGAACGUUUGAAAUUCCCAAAAAGUCCGACGCCCGAGUCAGCCGCGCCCAACCGAGAGAAUCCCUCGCGACCGCCAGCCAAGUCGGAGGCAGCCCUCGGUGGAGGUGUACGGAUUCCCACAAAACCAAAACUGUUUGUGCCACCUUUGCGGCCCGUGCUAGCUGAAAAAAGUCCAUUCCAACGACUUUCCAACGACCGUCUGAAAAAGUAAUCAACGACACUCAUUGCAAUUAAUUACGGAAAAAUAAAUCAAUCGGCUCUUUUUAGGGCCAACAAACAAUAACGUAGCAUACGAAACGUCCCUUGUCCUCUGUACAAAUUAAAAAUGGCCGAUUUUUUUGCAUUCGAAUAUGUCAGAUUCGAUUGGAUUUUUUCUUUCCGCGUAUGCAAGUAAAUAUUUUAAUUCAUUACUUAUACUCAUUAUGAAACAGAUAAACGAUGGCCGGAAGAGGCAAGCAAUGGCCAAGAAAUUAUCUAAAUCAGAACCAACAACCUUUCUACGUAGAAAAUGACGACGAUGAUGAUUACGUUGAUGAUGAUGAUGAUUACGAGAAUGAGAAGGUUACUCUCGCAGGGCUGCUAACAGAGAUGAGUGACAUAGAUAAAGAUAUGGAGGUGCUUGUUGAAAAAAAGAAGGCAAUAGUAGAUAAAAUGAAAAGGAUAAUCAGUACUGAAAAAGAUCAAACCAGUUCCCAUCCGCAGACUUUAUAUCGCCCUCCACCAUCAUCAUUCUCCAAUAAUAGUAAAAGAAUAAAGAAUCAAUCUCGCGCUGUACUUCCGUUUACGGCAACAUCAUCUGCUGUGGGUUCAAAUAAUAAUUCGAAUAGGCAGUUACCGCUUCAACAGAGUUAUUCGUAUAACGACGAACAGCGACAUCGUCAAAUGCUUCCCUUUGAGGAUCAAAAACUACAAAAACAACAGCUCCAGCAGCUAAAUUAUUAUCAGCAACUUCAGCAGCAACAAUUAUUAAUGACCAUGACGAUGAACAAUAAUGUCAAAUUAGGGAUGUCAAGUUCCGUCCUUUCUGAGUCCAACCCGUCUACCUUUAUUUCUUCUACACAGCAUCCUCAUGAGCUCCUUCAGCAACAGCAGCAGCAGCAGCAGCUGCAAUCCGAGAAUUUGAUGCGAUAUAUAAAAAAAAGAAGUCAGCAUUAUCCAAUUGAUCAGAUGGAAUCCACAUCCCUAUCGAAUAAUGUGUUGUUAUCGAACAACGAACAAGGGCAAACUAAUAAAGAUAAUACAAUAAGGCCAUUCGAUGAAAAGCGACGACGACAUGAUAUCAGCUUGCAAAAUAAUGAUAGUUUUGUUAACAAGUACAAUUAUAAUUUUGAUGACUUUAACGAUGAUGACGAUAAUUGUGAUGAUAAUGGUCACGAGGCUCAACAAUAUGAUAAUGAAUCAGAUGAAAACAAUGAAGAUGCGAAUAACACUGCUCAGAAGGAUCAAGACGACGCCGCUCAGCCUCAGGCAAAAUCUACUAAAAAACCUACCAAUUUAACGAAAAAAGAUGCAGUGGAUGCUAACGAAGAUAAUAAUAAUUUACAUUUUUUUCAACUGGAAGACCAUACCGAUGCACGCAUAAGAAGGUGUACAGCGGAUUUUGAUUCUAUCGUCGUUGUCGGACGCAGUAUCGAUGUAUUCAAGAUAAGGAAAAAAUUCGAUUUGAGUACGGGAAAAAAUGUCGUAAGAAUAUCUGAUCAAAAGAAAACAACGUGUCUUCUUGAUCCUGCAAAUGAAAAAUUGUGGUUUGAGUUUAAAUUGGGAGGAUACAUGAAUAACUCGAUCAAUGUAUUGUUUUCUAUUAAGAGGAAUUAUUUCCAAAAAAUAACAAAAAUGGCUAACGAACACGAGGAAGAAGAAAGUAACGACGGCGGAGUCACUCGACCCAUUUUCUCAUUUUUUUUGAAGAAAUUGUUAAAAAGGCUUCUAAACGUUUGCCUGAAAAUUGUCGAACAUUGCGUUAUAGUAAUAUCACAAAUUUUACUCUUCACGACAGCACUAAAAUGCCGUCUGUGUACUCGGAAGAUUGGGGGUCCUUCUGCAAAUCAAUAGAUACGUUAUUGCACGACAGCGAA